AAUUAAUUAUAACUUCAAUUUGAUGCGACGUAGUCGAUCGUAAAUAUCGCGGGAAGUACGAAAUGCUUUUGAUUCGUCAAGAAUACGUGGUACAUAAAAUUACCGCCGUACGGCGCUUCCGUCAUCUUUAAGAAAUAUUUCGACGUGAGCCUUCAAUUGUUUUCGUUAAAAUUCGCUUAAACGUCGCGAGCACGUCGAUCGGCGUGUGCGAUGACGGUUUUUGGUUGUCUUCGAGGAACAACCGUAGGAACGUUGCAGAUCUUUCAGUCACAACCUAAGUGCAUUCGUAAGACCUUAGGAAUAUUCUUACGAAAUGCAUCGAGCUUCGUUCCAAAGAGAGUUCUCAUCGUUGCUAAAUUGACACGAUAUCAUUUUGAAAAAUUACGUGAGCCCAAUUUAAAUGAAGAAGAAUUUAAAAAUAAAUUGUUGGAAAGAGGCUCGGAUUAUGAUUUAUUAUUCGAUACAUAUCGUGCGACUAAAGAUAUUGAAAAUGAGGUAGCGAAGGUACUUAACAAAUUUAACAUUGAAUACAAAAAGGUCAAUAGGAGUAACAUCAGCAGAUCCGACGUUACUUGGGCUGAUUUAGUUUUACCCAUUGGCGGCGAUGGUACUUUUCUCUUAGCUGCCAAUUUAAUAUUCGAUAACAAAACACCAAUAAUAGGCAUUAAUUCUUAUCCACUCCAUUCUGAGGGUUUCUUGAUGUUGCCAUCCUAUUAUACAAAGAAUAUAUCACAAAUUUUCGAAUUAUUAAAAGCAGGACAAUACGAUACACUUAUGAGAUCUAGAAUUCGAACUACUUUGAAAGGAGAAGGAAUUUGGAAUCCACCUUUUCAUAUGCACGAAGAAAAGCAUUUUUGUGGAGUGGAAAGAUUCUUUUCCAAUGGGCAACUUAAACCGGCUAAUUCGGAUCAAUUAAAUGAAAGACAAUUGCCUUGGCUAGCACUAAAUGAAGCGUUCGUGGCCGAAGUGUUCGCAGCAAAGAUGACCACUUUGUUAAUCAAAUUUGACGACGCAGAAAAUUUCCAUAGAAUUAAAAGUUCUGGUAUUUGCAUAAGUACGGGCACAGGUUCGACUUCAUGGUAUAAGGCAAUAAAUGGUAUUAGCCCACAGCUCGUCCGUCAAAUAUUUGAUUUAUUAAAUAAUCAAAAGAAUUAUACGAACGCUGAAAUAAAUGAAAUAUGUUGCAAGUUUAAUGAUAGCUUACACUUUAAUCCAGAAGCACAAAAUCUUUCUUAUGCCAUACGAGAUAUGAACAUGACAAAGGUAUUUCCUGUACCAAAGAGCUUGCAAAGAUAUAACUUUUGUAAAAAAUUAACAGUAAAAUCUUUGUGCUUCAAUGGAGGAUUGGUGUUAGAUGGUGGUAUCGCGGUACAGUUUAAUUUAGGGACAACAGCAGAAUUUGAGAUCGAUCCGGAAGGUGCACUGCGAAAUAUUAUUCUUCCCGUCUGAUCGUAUGUGACGAUAUAUAAGAAAAACAAAAAAUUCGACUAUCAAUCAAAAUGCACGAUCAGUGAAUUCUAGAAAAAGAAAAAAAAAAAAAACAAAACAAAAAUAACACACGAGAAUAAUUACGGGAUAGACGCGGGGAAAGACAGUUAUACAAAUUUUGUAUGUAAGAUAGCAUUAAUCGUAUCUUUCAUUACGGAUAUUUAAUUUUUUACAGCAAUUAAAAAAUAAUCAUUCUCUCGCUUAAUAAUCUUAAGGAGAUUUAAAAAGGAGCUUGCAUUUGAUCUAUUUUACGUCCGCAUAUUUCUUAAAAAUGAGGACAUCGACAGUAAUUUAAUCACGUAUGUAUAAAUGUAAACAAUUGUAAGAAUAUUAAAUAUAUUUUCCUAAGAUUUGUCUUUCGAGAUGAAAGAAAAAAAAAAAAAAAAGGAAAGAAA